CGUGAUAGAGCACAAGAAGCAGCAACUCAAUUUCAUCAAACCGUUGGCAAUAAUGCAGGUAGCAGCGCAGGCGGCAGUGCAAAUGAUGGCAGUGGUAGAUCGGGCCUUCAAAGAGGGUGAGUGUGUUAGCAAUGACGAGAACGUACGCCACGUGGGGUUGAGAUGGCGUAAUGAGAUCUAUAACCCCGAGACGAAAUGUUAGAUUUUGGUGGCAAUGACUGACAUAUAUAAAAUCAAUUCUAUCCUCAUCUCUCAUCCUUUUUUAUCCACUUUAUCAUCUUGAUCAAACGAUUAAAUGAAACAAUCAACAAUGGCUCUCUCUACAACGGACGGCUUUCUGGCAAAUUUACAUGCAAUUUUUCAUUGUCAUGCAUUUCGAAAUCCAAAACCAAUCUCGAUCUCAAAUAGUUCGUUUAUGCCGCAUUUAUUGAGACACGGAAUUGCAUCAAUCGAUCCGAGAUUUGAACAAAAUCGAUCUUUUCAUCAAUUAUCCGGUCAUUUAAAGAGUACAAGGAUUGAACAUGAAGCUGUAGGACGUCAAACAAAAGGAAUGGCAACUGCAACAUACAAAUGGGGUCAAGAUCAAUUGGCCGAAAAACGUGAAGAUAGUGCAGGAGAUGCAGCAUUAGCAGAUGUGACUGAUCGUUUAGCAUAUAUGCUAUCUAUGAUCGGUGAAUUACACAACGAACAUGCUCAACGUGUUGAAGAUUCAAGGGCUGAUCUCAAGCGUAUUCAGAAGCUGGAAAUGGAACUGGCACCACGCAGACAACAACGUAUCAAGAUUCACAAAGAACUCUAUUCAUUGAUACCUGAACGUGCUAUACCAAAUUCGGAAAAGAUUGCGCCUUUGGAGGAGCAGCUAAAGACAUUGGAACUUGAAGAUAAAGAAAAAGAAGAGGAAUUGGGCAGACUCAAACGUGAGGCUGUACGUUCAAGUUACGAUGCACAUUUCGAUAGUAUCAUCGAAUUAGGCGAAAAGAUGGCAGUGGUUUCGCGAUACGGAAAAUUGUUAUUGGAGCAAUUGCCUGUCUAUGCACCGCCAUUCCCAACUCCACGCCAUCAUUCACGUUUACCAGAAGAGGCUGUGUGGAAGAAUGAAACGCAAGUGGCUGCUAUUCGAGCGGCUGUUGGACCGGCAGUGAAAGAUCAUAAGCCAGAUUAUACUCUACCUUAUGUGCCUAUUACAAAGGAUGCAAGUACACUUUCACGUCGUGAUACUGUCAGUUUUGCAGAAAGUAACAAGACCGAAUUGGCUGACAUGUUACAUGAAGAUGAAACAACAACAACAACUACUGACAGUCAUCCGGCCGGAUCAUCAACUUUACAACAAUCUACCGAUGAUACAGUUUCACAAUCGGUUUAUUCAAGACAAUCGUUCGUCGGUGCUGCUGCUCCAUUGUCACCUUUGCCUGAAGGUGGAUCCUUACCGCCCAAUCUAAACUUGGAACCUACCGUUCUACCAGAUCGCCGACCAUCGCAAAGUGGACUCCGACCAGAAGUUCAUUCACCUUCUGCGCCUCCAAGAUCUGUACAUGACGAGCAGUAUUCAACAGCCACAGAUGCUCCACCCGAGUAUGGCAGCAGUCCACACAAUGCCGCAAUUGCAGAUGGUGGUCCAACUUUCGCCGAAACUGGAAGUCCGAUUUCCAGUACGGAUCCAGGUCCAAUAACCGGUGUUUUGAGUCCACGUCCAAAGGGAGCAGAACGUAAACCGAUGCCAGCUUUACCGUCAGAUAACAAGCAUGUAGAAUAAUUUUUCAUUCUUAUACUCAAAUCUUUGUACAUAGGAUACCACCACUCAUGUACAAACCUUUCUCGAUUGACAUCAUUUUAUAGAUUUGACACUUAAGUGUUCAAUGUUUUCCGAAGAAUUUAUCCGUAGUUUU